CCCAGGGCCGCAGAUAGCACAGCCCCUACCGUAGUAGUCACAUGAGCGCGAUCGUGCCGUUGUUGCUCGGCUAUACGUAAUAGGCAACUCCGAGGUUGCCUAGUGCAAUGUAUUAUGUCCGUCGAUCGCAGUUGAUCGCCUUCGAAAUGCGUCGUGAUAUAUAAGCCACGGGAGACUCCCUGUGAUCCCCCAGUGCUUGCCCCGCACGCCCACAUUCGUUAUGUUGCCGCUCCUUUUUCUGGGAUACUCGUUGUUCUCACCAGCUCUUCUUGCCAGGGGCCAACUCGCCGCGGCGGAAGCGUACACUCCCACUCGCGUAGCAUGCCCGCCGGACACCUCCCUCGUCCGCCUCGCCGGCACGGGCACCAACCAGUCCCUCAGUCCCUCCGAGUCGACCUACGUAUCAUCCCGACAGUCUCUCGUGCUCCCUUCCGCGUGGCAGAGCUACCUCGCCAACGUCCAGCAACAAAUCGAGGCCCAAAACGUUUCCGCCCUGCCGUCCUAUGUAGCUGACAUUCUCAGCGGCGCGAACGGCUCGAGCGCAUACCCGACGUUCGGUAUCGCCACCAGUGGCGGCGGCUACCGGGCUGCCAUCGUCGGCGCCGGUGCGCUCAACGCCCUUGACGGCCGGAACUCUUCAGCCGCGGAGGCGGGGACCGGCGGGCUGCUCCAGGCCGCUACUUACAUCACUGGCCUGUCCGGCGGUAACUGGCUGGUCACGUCCCUCGCUCAGGCGGACUUCCCGACUCUGCCGGAGCUUGUAUUCCAGCCCAACGAUUCGUCGGGGUGGGGAGGCUGGAACGCGCAGUAUUCUCUCGCAUCGCCGACCUCGGAUACGGUGCAGGACCUCGCGUAUGACGUGGACCUCGUCACGGAGAUCCAGGGCAAGUUCCUCGCUGGGUACCCUGUGAGUAUCGUCGACUUGUGGGCGCGCAUUCUGGCGAGGCAUUUCGCGAAUGGGACGAAUGCGAAUAACUACUUUGACUCGUCUGUGCCACACGGGGCAGGUAUCACGUUUUCGUCUUUGACUAAUCUCUCUACGUUCGCGUCGUACUCACAGCCAUUCCCCAUCGUUGUGGUAGAUUCGCGCUCCUGGAACGCGAAUUUCUCGAACAUUUACCCUGGCUCGAAUGACAACGUCCCUCUGACCAACCCUAUAUACGAGUUCAGCGCCUAUGAAAUGGGCUCCUUUGAUCCCAGCUUGGCUGCGUUUACGCCUAUGGAAUACCUCGGCACCGAGCCUGGAAGCGACACCUGCACGGUCGGCUUCGACCAACUAUCCUUCAUCGCUGCGACGUCAUCCAACGUCUUCAGUAGCCUCAACUAUUCAUCUUUCCUCAAUGGCACUAACCUACUCACGCCGCUCCUUGAGUUGUUCACCCAGCUGAGCAACGACACUGCAUCGCUGGAUUGGCUCGUCACUUCUCGAGUCCCCAACCCAUUCUAUGGACUCAACGAGGGCGCGUACCUUGAUUGGAAUGCAACCGAGCUUGCGUUGGUAGACGGAGGCGACGACGGCGAGGGUAUUCCGUUCAUUCCCCUGCUGGCGAAGGCUAGGGGAGUAGACGUCAUAUGGGCUACCGAUGGUAGCGGAAACAUCACUAACUGGGCUGAUGGAUCCGUCGUGAGCGCUACACAAGCUCGCACGGCUCUCAUGCCUUCCACCUAUGACUUCCCGCCCGUGCCUACCGACGCCGCAACGUGGCACGACGAGGAGCUGACGACCCAUCCUACCUUCUUCGGGUGCAAUUCCUCCUCUCCCGUCCCUCUCCUCAUCUACCUCGCCAAUGGAUCCCCGCCUCUCGGCCAAGCAGCGCUCACCAAUAUCACCACUCUCCAGCUGGCGUUCGAGGGGGACGACAUCGACGCUGCAAUGUCGCAGAUGUUCGACAUGACUACGCAGGGGUUGGCGACGGAGGUGGAUGGCGUGUGGACGAAGGACCCGGAGUGGCCUGCAUGCUUGGCGUGCGCGGUUGUCGAUAGGAGCAGGGCGAAGGCUGGGGUUGAGCGGAGCGGGGUGUGUGAGACGUGCAUGCAGAGAUACUGCUGGAGCUAGGGCUCAAUCUGUUUCGUCGGACACUUGCGUGGGACA